AUGGCCGAGUCUGAGUCAACAUACAAACGCCGUCGCAUUGAGCGUUCUCCAUCUCCGACCUUCAAACUUGAGGACGACACCUAUGAACCGUACGUUCCGGUGGCGCAACGACGUAAUGCCAAGCUCGCAAAAUUAGCCGCUCGGAGCGGUCUCGAGUCAGAGAGGGAGAAAGCCCGGAGAGAACAGCAAGAGCAGGAUGAGCGUGAAGACGCAUUGCGAGAAGAGGAAAGGCUCCGAGAGAAAGCUCGCAAGGAACGCACUCUUCUCCAGGAGGCUCAAGAGGUGCACUCAAAGAAAGCCGCCGAAGAUGCGAAGAAGACUACUGAGGAGAAAGCAGAAGAGGCAGACGCUGAGAUAUUAGCGGCAAUCGCGAGCAGGAAAAAGCUAGCCUCCGACCUAGAACUGGCCAAAGGUAUUUCCUACACCGAAUCACGCAAGACAUCAUGGCGGCCGCCCAAACACAUCAGGGAUCGUACCCCGGACCAACAUCAACGUAUACGCGAAAAACACCACAUCAUCGUUGAAGGCAACGACCCGCCUCCACCGGUCGAGCGUUUUGCUGACAUGAAGAUUCCUGAGCCUCUUUUGAAGCUACUGAAGUCCAAGAGGAUAAUCGAGCCGACGCCUAUACAGAUUCAAGGCAUACCCGUUGCCUUCUCAGGACGAGACAUGAUCGGAAUCGCUUUCACAGGUUCGGGCAAGACCCUAGCCUUUUGCCUUCCAGUCAUUAUGACGGCUGCGGAGGAAGAGGCGAAGCUGCCGUUUGUCCGCGGAGAAGGACCCGUCGGCAUCAUUCUCUGUCCUUCACGCGAACUCGCUACUCAGACAUACGAAAAUGUCCUCGCCUGGACCGACGCUUUGUCGAGUAAUGGGCAAUACCCAAAGCUCAACACACUUCUGUGCAUCGGCGGUAUUUCGAUGGGUGAACAGAGUCAUGUUCUCAACAAAGGCCUCCACAUCGUCGUAGCCACUCCUGGGCGAUUAAUCGACAUGCUUGAGAAGAAGCGAUUCACCUUCAACAACUGCAAAUAUCUCGUCAUGGACGAGGCGGACCGAAUGAUCGAUCUUGGAUUCGAAGAGGAUGUACGAAAUAUAUUGAGCUUUUUCAGGCAUCAACGACAAACCUUACUAUUCUCCGCUACCAUGCCGAGGAAAAUACAAGAUUUCGCGCAGGGCUCUCUGAUCAACCCCGUACUGGUCAAUGUAGGGCGUGCUGGCGCGGCCAAUUUGGAUGUUCUUCAAAUCGUGGAAUACGUCAAGCAGGAGGCCAAAAUGGUUUACUUGCUCGAGUCCUUGCAGAAAACCGCCCCGCCUGUCAUCAUCUUCAGCGAGAACAAGAACGAGGUGGAUGAUAUUCAUGAGUAUCUUCUCCUGAAAGGAGUGGAGGCUGUUGCUAUACACGGGUCUAAAACCCAGGAGGAACGUCAAUAUGCCAUCAAGGCGUUUAAAUCAGGUCAGAAGGACGUCAUGGUUGCCUCCGGCGUUGCUUCGAAAGGCCUCGACUUCAACGAGAUUCAGCAUGUCAUAAUCUUCACGAUGCCGAAGGAGAUUGAGGACUAUGUUCAUCAAAUAGGACGAACUGGUCGUUCCGGUAAAACCGGCAUCGCCACCACCUUCGUCAACAUGAACACACCAGAACAAACUCUGCUUGAUCUGAAGUACCUUCUCAUGGAGGCAGGCCAGAAGGUUCCACCGUUCCUCCAGACCAUCGAAGAUCCUCGCGUUGCCCAAGGAGGCUCCAUCAAGGGCUGUCCCGUUUGCGGCGGUUUGGGUCACGGUAUCUCAAAUUGCCCCAAACUGGAAGAUGCUCAGCGCAGGCAGAUGGCAUCCCAAAGAGCCAAUCACGAUGGAGGUGGUUACUAACACUGCUAGCUAGACAAUGCCGCUGUAUGGCCAUUUAUGCGUUUCUAUGUUCAACGAUUGCUUGUACUUGUGUCGCCACGCGUCUCGCCUCACGCACUGACGAUCAGCACUUCAUUGAUGACUUGCGACGAUCAGUUUCUCAAUAUAUGUCCU